AAAAAAAACAGAUUAAUUUCAAAUGAAUUUAAUUCACAACAAAUUCAACAAUCAUUUCAAUAAACGAUUUUUCUUUUAAAUGGAUAAAUAAAUAAAUAAAUGGAUUUAUUUUAGUAAAUUAAUAUUAAAUAAUUAUUAGUAUUAUAUGCUCAUUCGGAUAAAUAUCAUGAUUUUAAUUGGAUAUUACAUGUUUAUUCAUUAGAUGAGUAUUCCUUUUUAAAAAUCAUACAAAUUGUUUUUUAAAAACUUGUACACAAAUAAGUAAAUCAAAAUCAUUUAUUAAAUAUUUAUCAUCAAUGACUUUUUCAACAAAAUCCUCAUUAUAGAAUGAUAUUGAAUUAAAAGGUAUUUUAUCGUAUAAAACAAUAUCAUCAAUUCAAUCAAAUAUAAAUAAUUCCUUAUCACCACUAAAUAAUUUAACUCCAAUGUUUAUUCAAUCAUCAAAUAAAACAAAUGUAUCAAGAAAAUUAUUUCAAUCGAAUACAACAGAUCAAUUAACAAAUAAAUUGACAAUAAAUCGAAGUAAAUCAGAUGGAAUUGUUGAAAAUAAUGAUAAAAAACGUAUUAAAUUAAGUCCAUAUACAAUGUUUUAUCGGAAAUUGUAUGAAUAUGUCUUAUCUCAUCUUGAUCUUAUUUGUUAUCGUUUAUAUGGAUCUCAAUCAAAUAAAUUUGAAAGAAUCAUUUGGAAUUUAUUUGAAAAUUAUACUCAGUUAUUAUUUCGUUCACGAUUAAUUCAAGUAUAUAAAUCAAUGCCAAAUUCGAAAUUAAAAACAGUUCGAAAUAAAAAUUUAAGAGAAAAUCAAUUAAUUGAUCUUCCUUAUAGUAAUAAAAUAUUUGAAAAUAUUAAAUCAGGACAUGUUAACGUAAAUAUAUCUUCAAUUAAUUAUUCAUCAAAUAAAAUUCAAACAAAUUCAACAUCGAAUGUUUUAUCAUCAUCGAUUCAAGUAGGAACAUUUUCCGAUGAUUCAAAUUCAAAUUGUUUAACAAAAAAAGUUUUACAAAUUGAAAAAGAUCGACAAAAAAUUGAAGAAUAUUGA